AUGCCAUUCACCCAUCUCCCACCCGUUCACUCGUUUCCCUUCCAUUCACUUGUCUCGCUGCCAUUCAACCAUUCCCUUGCCAUUCACACAUUUCCCUUCCAUUCACACAUUUCCUUGCAAUUCACCCAUUUCCCUGCCAUUCACCAAUUCCCUGCCAUUCACCCAUCUCCCUGCCAUUCACCAAUUCCCUGCCAUUCACCCAUUUCCUCGCCAUUCACCCAUUUCCCUGCCAUUCAACCAUUUUCUUUCGAUUCACCUAUUUCCCUAUCAUUCACCCGUUUUCCUGCUAUUCACCCAUUUUCCUUCUAUUCACCCAUUUCCCUGCCAUUCACCCAUCUCCCUUCCAUUCAACCAUUCCCCUGCCAUUCACCCAUUCCCCUGCCAUUCACCCAUUUUCUUUCAAUUCACCUAUUUCCCUACCAUUCACCCAUUUCCCUGCUAUUCACCCAUUUCCCUGCCAUUCACCCAUCUCCCUUCUAUUCACCCAUUUCCCAGUCAUUCACCCAUUUCCCUGCCAUUCACCCAUUUCCCUGCCAUUCACCCAUUUCCCUGCUAUUAUCCAUCUUCCUUCCAUUCACCCAUCUCCUUUCUAUUCACCCAUUUCCCUGCCAUUCACCCAUCUCCCUUCUAUUCACCCGUUUUCCAGUCAUUCACACAUUUCCCAGCGAUUCACCCAUUUCCCUUCCAUUCACUCAUUUUCCUGCCAUUCACCCAUCUCCUUGCCAUUCAUUUAUUUCCCUGCCAUUCACUCAUUGUGCUGGAGGGAGGAGAGAAAGUAGCGGAGAGGAAGAGAAUGCUGGCAUAGAGGGGGGGGGGGGAAACAGGGAUAGGGAGGCAAGAAUCACUUCUUUCCGCACCACUGGCACCACUAAUACCCGCACUACCAGCGCCACUACGGCCAAUGCCACCGCCACCACUGCCACCAACAUCACUGCCAACACCGCCUCCCGCAUCACUGGCAACACCGCCACCCGCAUUAACGAAACCACUGCCACCUGCACCAACAGCAUCACUGCCACUCACGCCACUGCUUUCCGCACCAUCGCCACCACUACCGGAAUGGUCUCACCCCAUCCCACCAUCUCAGCACCCCAUCCCACCAUCUCAGCACCCCAUCCCACCAUCUCAGCACCCCAUCCCACAAACUCAGCACCCCAUCCCACCUUCCUGCCAUCAACCCAGCUCACGCUCAUCCACCCACCUCCCUGCCAUCAACCCAGCUCGCACUCAUCCACCCACCUCCCUGCCAUCAACCCAGCUCUCGCUCAUCCACCCACCUCCCUGCCAUCAACCCAGCUCUCGCUCAUCCACCCACCUCCCUGCCAUCAACCCAGCUCGCACUCAUCCACCGACCUCCCUGCCAUCAACCCAGCUCGCACUCAUCCACCCACCUCCCUGCCAUCAACCCAGCUCUCGCUCAUCCACCCACCUCCCUGCCAUCAACCCAGCUCUCGCUCAUCCACCCACCUCCCUGCCAUCAACCCAGCUCGCUCAUCCACCCACCUCCCUGCCAUCAACCCAGCUCACACUCAUCCACCCACCUCCCUGCCAUCAACCCAGCUCGCGCUCAUCCACCCACCUCCCUGCCAUCAACCCAGCUCACGCUCAUCCACCCACCUCCCUGCCAUCAACCCAGCUCGCGCUCAUCCACCCACCUCCCUGCCAUCAACCCAGCUCACGCUCAUCCACCCACCUCCCUGCCAUCAACCCAGCUCGCGCUCAUCCACCCACCUCCCUGCCAUCAACCCAGCUCACGCUCAUCCACCCACCUCCCUGCCAUCAACCCAGCUCGCGCUCAUCCACCCACCUCCCUGCCAUCAACCCAGCUCACGCUCAUCCACCCACCUCCCUGCCAUCAACCCAGCUCACGCUCAUCCACCCACCUCCCUGCCAUCAACCCAGCUCUCGCUCAUCCACCCACCUCCCUGCCAUCAACCCAGCUCUCGCUCAUCCACCCACCUCCCUGCCAUCAACCCAGCUCGCACUCAUCCACCCACCUCCCUGCCAUCAACCCAGCUCUCGCUCAUCCACCCACCUCCCUGCCAUCAACCCAGCUCACCCUCAUCCACCCACCUCCCUGCCAUCAACCCAGCUCACGCUCAUCCACCCACCUCCCUGCCAUCAACCCAGCUCACACUCAUCCACCCACCUCCCUGCCAUCAACCCAGCUCACCCUCAUCCACCCACCUCCCUGCCAUCAACCCAGCUCGCGCUCAUCCACCCACCUCCCUGCCAUCAACCCAGCUCACGCUCAUCCACCCACCUCCCUGCCAUCAACCCAGCUCGCGCUCAUCCACCCACCUCCCUGCCAUCAACCCAGCUCGCGCUCAUCCACCCACCUCCCUGCCAUCAACCCAGCUCGCGCUCAUCCACCCACCUCCCUGCCAUCAACCCAGCUCGCGCUCAUCCACCCACCUCCCUGCCAUCAACCCAGCUCGCGCUCAUCCACCCACCUCCCUGCCAUCAACCCAGCUCGCGCUCAUCCACCCACCUCCCUGCCAUCAACCUAGCUCGCACUCAUCCACCCACCUCCCUGCCAUCAACUUAGCUCGCCCUCAUCCACCCACCUCCCUGCCAUCAACCUAG